AUGGACAAAACACCGGCCCCCAUCUUCCGCAAGCAGCGUCCACUGAUUCCAUCAUCAUCAGUGGCGCCCUCAUCGUCGCCGGCAUUCGGAACUCCAGUCCACCCUCCGAAGCCAUUCAGCAUCAAUGCCCCCAAAGCCGCGAUCCUUCCCAUCAUCCUCCCGCCGGCGACUCUCCGACCGCUCGCCUUCCGCACAUUCACAAAGAAACACUCGCUAACGCUCACUUCGUCUGCACUGCAGGAGCUUGCGUCCUUCAUCGGGCGACACUGCGGCUCGGGAUGGCGUGAGGAAGGCCUGGCAGAAAGAGUGCUGGAGGAGGUGGCGAGAAGCUGGAAGAAUCGAAAUGGAGGCGUUAUGGUGGAGGGGGCGAGCAAGGAGCUGCAAGAUAUUCUCAAGACGCUGGAGGGAAACAUGAGUGGCGGCAAGAUCAUGGGCCAGGGCAGAGGGCUUCCACGGGGAGACAGCAUGUUGGAGAUCAACGACAAUGAUACAAUCAACACCAGACUCGGCAUCAGGCCAACAGCACUCCCUCGGCAAGACAGCAACGCCAGCUUUGGCAUGUCUGGAUUGGGGGUGCAAGAGGAGGCAGAUGAUGACGAGGAUGCUAGUGAUGCUCGUGCCUGGCUCAAGGUCAUUGACGCCUAUGACCAGCCGCGGCUCCUUUACAACGUGGAUAAGAAACACUUUGAAAGAGAUACGGCCAAGCCCUCAUUACUACCUCCAGCUUCUCACAAAACCACCGUCUUCCGAAACCGCUACCACGUCAUUCACCAACGUCUCCUCCGAAACGAAUCCUUCCAGACCUCCUCCGUCACUUCAUCCCGCAAACAUACUCUACAACGCUCGCUCUCCAACCAACAAUCUCUCAGAAUCACGCCCAUCGCCAAUUUGCUCGGUCGGCAUGGAAGCAAUCACAUGCUCCUAGGCCAGUUGAAUAUCCUACCGACAGGAGACCUUGCUAUAAGUGACUUGACAGGCACCAUUGCCCUUGAUGUUUCACAGGCGGUUGCUAUCCCCGAUGAUUCAGCAUGGUUUUGCCCCGGAAUGAUGGUCCUGGUAGACGGCGUGUACGAGGAGGAGGAAGAAUCAGGAUUCUUCAUCGGACAGCCCCCUUGCGAGAAGCGUAAGUCGACUCUCGGAAUCAGUGGGCUUGAUGGAACCGACCAUGACCAGACCAUCGGGGGAGGCUUCGGCUGGAUCGACUUCCUCGGCGUCGGUAGUGAGCGUGCAGUCGGAUCCAAGAUGCGAAGGCUGGAAAGAAGAUUACUACAGCCGGCCCCUGAAGAAGACAUGCCCUCGCGGAAUCGCGUCGUCAUCAUUGGUGAAAUCAACCUCGACCAGCCGCGAGCCCUUCAAGCUCUCCGCAAGAUCCUGUCAUUAUACGCCGCCGAGCCCGAAGGCACAUCGCCCCUCACAUUCGUCCUGGCCGGCAACUUCACGCAACACGCCGUCAUGGCCCGAGGUGGCAGCGGCGGCAGCAUUGAGUACAAAGAGUACUUUGACGCCCUUGCCUCUACCUUUUCCGACUUCCCUACGCUUCUCCAGUCCUCCACCUUUGUCUUCGUUCCCGGCGACAACGAUGGCUGGGUCUCUUCCUUCACAGGUGGUGCGUCCGUGCCACUGCCUCGAAAACCUGUCCCUGAAAUGUUCACCUCGCGCAUUCGUCGGGCUUUUGCCACGGCCAAUGCCGAAGCUGGCAACACGGGCGUUCAGGGUUCUGCUGUGUGGACGAGCAACCCAAGCAGAAUGUCGCUUUUCGGACCAAACCACGAGCUUGUCUUGUUUAGAGACGAUAUAUCCGCCAGGCUGAGACGUACCUCGGUAACUCUCAAGCGCAAACCCGCGGCCGAAACAGAUGGUGCGCCAGAAGAAGGCAACGCCUCUCCCGAUCUCCCAUCAGCGUCACCUGCUGUCGAGGACGACGCCAUGGAUCUUGACUCGGCUGCCGCUGACAAACCCUCCGCCAACACCUCUUCUUCUCUUCCUCUCGACGUGAAAACAGCCCAGAAACUCGUCAAGACGAUCCUCGACCAGGGCUACCUCUCCCCUUUUCGCCAAUCUACCCGCCCCGUGCACUGGGAUUACGCUUCCGCGCUGCAUUUAUACCCCUUGCCCACUGCCAUGGCGCUCAUCGAUACGACGGCGCCGCCAUUUUGCAUCACGUAUGAAGGGUGCCAUGUCAUGAACCCGGGGAGUAUACUCGUGCCUGGGCGGAAGGGCGUUGGAAGAUGGGUAGAGUAUGAAAUUGGGCGGCUGGGGAAGCUGAGGGAGUGUACUUUGUAA